AUGGCGCGGCGCGGCAUCCGCAGUGCCUUGCAGCGAGCAGUUCGCCCGCGCGAAGAGGCGCUCCGAGCGGUGGGUCGCAUUUGGGGUUUCGCGCGGGCGACGCUCCUGGCUCUCAACCGCAACGCCGCGCUGGCAGCCAUCAGCCUCUUGCGGCAGAAGCUCCGGGACCUAGAGGCCGAGGUCCAGGCGGGUGGCUUCGCUCGGAGGUUGGCCAGCGGUCGCAACGUCGCCAACUUGGUCCAGGCGAUGGAGCGUCGCCUCUUCUCGUCACGCGUGGUCACAGAUGAGCCAGGGCAGAUGACGUCCUCGCCCGGCCUUUUCGCGUAUUACGAGGGGCGCCCCGUCAUGAUUCUAAAGUGCUUCACGAGGCAUCGCGUGCUGAUGGCGCAUGUGAUCCCCGUCGAAACCGACCGGGCCGACGCCGCGUCCCACGUCGCCUACCUCCGCCGCGUCUUCACGUGCAAGCAGGUCGCCUUUGCCAGGUACGCGAGCACCGCAGCUCCGACGUGUUCCCUGCACGACGUGGCCGAUCGGUCGCUGACUGCGGAGCCCCUCAGGAUCACGCCCGCGGCCCUAGAAGAACAUUUGCGCUUCCAGGAGUCCGCUGGAAGGCCGCAUUGCGCGGGGCCGCGGAGCGACGUGCAGACCGUCGGUUUCGUCUUGGACUUGCCCCGACCCAUUCCCUUCGACGCCCGCGGCUAUCGGCGCAGCACGUGCCGUCAUGACCCGUCCUGCGCGGCGUUGCGUGACAUGACGCACCACCAGACGGACGCUGACAUGCAGCGGAUGUUUCCUGGCGUCCUGGUGUAUAAAAAGGGGCCUCGUUCGGCCAUCUACAUGACGAAGCGGUUCCUCGUUCACCUUGUGCUGUCCUUCUACGACGUCCUCAACGCUCGCGCCACUCGGCGGAAGCUCUGCGAGCUCUACGCCGCCAACUCCCUCGCUUCGGAGUCCGCCUUGGCGUGGAGCGCGACGGCGCUGCCGCGGUGCCGCGCGUUGCGCGGCAUCCUCCUCAAGGCGCUGGGGUCUUUCCUGGCGGUCCCUGUGCGGCACGUGCGGAGGCGGUUGCACAUCUACAGCGGUCAGAUCAUCCGCGGGGACGGCAACUUCGAUCUGGCCAAGAGGAUCGGGCGCAAGAGUGGAGAGGGUCCUUUCGCAAACAUCGACUACGCAGUUGUCCUCGCUUGGUGCGGCAUCGACGGGUGCCUGCUGAAGCCAGUGGCGCCUGCCGAGUCCGAGGCGUGGGAGGAUCUCUGCCCGGACUUGGGCGACGUCGUCACUUGUCUGCGGGGCGAUCGAUUGCGGCGCGGCUUGUCGUUGCGAGAGGCGGCCCCUGUCUGCCGCAGCACGGGCAUGUAUGGCAAGCACAAGGCCCUCACCGAAGCGUAUUAUCACGAGAUGUAUUCCGAUUUGGUCUCCGAGGUCACGGCGCCGACGCCGAAGGGCGACGCGGAUGGAGCGCCCGUGCAAGAGUGCGCGGCGCCGCCGACGCUCGCGGUAGGAGAGCCCGUGCACGAUGUAACCAAUGUGCGGAAAGCGGCAUCUCCGGCCAGUAACGAUUGUUCGGACUUCAUCAUCGACUGGGCCGACAUGGUCGCCAGACUCUCCGAGAAAUCCGCUGCCGAGGCGGAAGGCGCGAGCGGCCCUGUCCGCGGCGGCCUUCGUGAUCCAGCCGAGGGGUUGCUCCGGGAAGCGAUUCUCCACCCGGCCGCGCUCGUCAGGCGGAGCGUAGCCUCGGCCGACCAGGACACAUUGGCUGAGGUCAGGUCAUUCCUUGCGGAAGCUCGCCUGGACCGCUCGCCCCUCUGGCGGCGCAUGUUCAAUGCUCGCCCGCCGAGGGGAACUCUGCAGAGGAUAUGCAGGCGCCUGGGUACUCGGCUGCAUCCGACGCUCCAGCGCAGGAACUACGUCGACCAGAAAGAGUUCAGGCGGGAGGCGCGCGCCAUCAAGCGAUGGCACAAGCCUGGGCGCAAGCUCACCAGGCGCCGCGCGGGCAUGCUGAGGUCGAGGCGGGCGGUUCUCCGCGGCGGUCGAGCGCGCGGCUUGCGCACGGUUUGGACCCAGAAGGUCCAGCUGCAUUACAGGAGAUUCCUCCAGCCAAAGCGCCAGGAGGGUCUCUGGCGUUGGAGGGAGGUCGCCCUGGCAUUGCACGCGGCAGGGAUCCCUGUGCACUCGGGCGCCAUCCCCGUGGAACGCCUCUGGGCAUCGAUGUUGGACAUGUUUCUAUCCAGCGCGCGGCUGAUGUCGCGUGCGUGGUUCGAUGUCCUCGCCGCCCUAGCGCUUUUGAGGUGCAACUACAGGCACUUCCACGUCCGCCUCCUCCGAACGUGGGCGGAGGCCGAUUCGCUCCUGGCGGAACGCGUCGAUAAUUUGUCGACGGCGGCCCACGCUCUCAGCAUGUGGGCGGAGCCCGAGGAGGAUUCGGCUGACGCGCUGCCCGAUAAGGUGCGCGAGAUCCACGCCGCAACGUGCGCGCUGCGUCCGCUUUUCAAGCCGUUCAGCGAGGAUGUUGCCCCUGUGGCGGCUGCGCCUGGCUGA